AUGAGUGUUCUGGUGAGCCGGAAACAGGAGAAUUUGGAUUGGGUUCCAGCAUCCCUAGGUUCAGUCCCUCCUGGUGCCUUGCAGGGUGGACACACCGACGAUGGUGAAGCUUUGUACAUUGGGAGGUAUAUCUACGAAGGCACAUAUAUCUGUGGCAAGGCUAAGGAUCCAGCAAUCGUGUGGCUAAGGUUUCGUCGGCUUGAUUACUUUCGCCUUGAUUACUUCGCCUUGAUUACUUCUCACCAAGUGAGAGGCGAGGAGAAGUCAACCCCCCCUCCGCACUACACCACUGGGAUCCAGGAAAAUCCUUCGUAA